GUCUGUUGUCUUUAAUUCUGUCGGUGGAUCUGGAUUCGAGAGACUCAGAGAACGUGGCCUGUCCCAUACAUACAUUCAAACUGAUUCAGGCAGCCACAAUGGACUAUUCAGCUAUAUCCGAUGAUCCUACCGGUACCUCUCCUUGGGCGUCCCCGGGACCCGCAAAAACCACUUUUUCGGAAUCCAACAAUAGCGAUAUCCCCCCGUCCGCGUUACCCCCUCAGCAACAGUCGCCGUACGAUGCGGACCGAGAUCUGUCCCAAGCUGCCGGUGCUGAGCCUUGGUCGGCUUCGAGAGAGGAGGAUCCUGAUUCCGAUCUGUCGGAGCGAUUACAGAGCGCGCAACUAGGCGAUCCAGACUAUGCGGUUGAACAACCUCCAUACGCUACACAGCAACCACCGCUCCCGCCGCAGCAACCACAAUAUGCACCGCAACAGCAAGCACAGCCUCCUGUCCAGCCGCAAGCACCAGCAGGGCAAGAAAAUAAGCGACCGGCUCCGCUAUACAGAAUCCAGGCGAGGAUUACGGGACUGGAAAGGACGGGCAAGAAGGAUCCCAUUCUUCGGUUCGAUGUUCACACAAACAUUCCCAAAUUCCGAACUACGCAAUACCGAGAUGUCCGCCGUACCCACGCAGAAUUCGUCCGGCUCGCGGAGCAUUUGAUGUCGGCCAACGCUGAAGCUCUCGUCCCUGCCGUGCCCCCACCAUUGACGCCUGCCGGUGCAGGAACGGAAGAAGAUGAGAUUCGCGUUAAAGCAGCGAUGCAGCGAUGGCUCAACAUUGUUAUGAGCAACGAGAUCCUCACCCAAGACGAUGAAGUGGUUUUGUUCGUUGAAAGCGACUUUGGUUACAGCCCGGUUGUCCGGAUGAAACAGCCAGCGACGGGAAUGCGGAGGAAGGUCUUGAAGCAGUUUGCGCCGCCCCCGGAUGAUACCCCUGAGCUGCAGAGCGCACGUCCUGCUGUGAAGAUGUUUUACUUGGGUGCUAUGGAUGCAAGCCACAAGGUGGAUCGCGUAGUUAAAGGUCGACGGGGGCUUGGCUUGGCGGAAACGGAAUUUGGUUUGAAGCUUGGACAAAUGCAUGUACAGGAGACCCAUCCGGGACUGGCCAACGCGUACAAGAAACUCGGAAAGAUAAUUCAAAACGUGGGCGACUUCCAUGCAGUGCAGGCAACGGCCGAAGCGACCACGCUGGGCGACCCGCUCAAUUACCAUUCCUCCGAUGCCUUCGUCGUGAAGGAAACACUGACAAACCGUCACAUCCUUCUCCGAGACCUCCUUCAGGCCCAACAGACCGCGCACAGCAAGCGCGCUGCUGCCGAUCGGUUAAGGGUCAGCUCCUCAGUCCGUCCCGACAAGGUGGACGAGGCCCUCAGUGCCUUGGAAGAGGCCGAGAACCAAGAGACUUACCUGUCGAAGCGAACUCACCGAGUCACCUCCAACCUGGUCCAAGAGAAACGACGGUGGUUCGACCAAACAUCUAACGAUGUCAUCUCCCACCUGCGCGAGUACACCCUACGCCAAAUCGAGGCAGAGCGCAGGACCUUGGCGACUCUAGAGAUGGUCCGACCGGAUAUCCGCGCCAUCGACUCCUCUGGGGGCCUCAGUCGUCUAGGCCGUGAAGCGCAUCCAACAGCGCGACGACCGAACGUUGGGUCGAGCCAAGGACCCAAGGGUGACGCAUGGAGUGGAGUGCCCCGUCGGGGUGAUAGUCUUGGACGCAGCCUAAGUGGCAGCUAUAUGGCGCCCAAUCUGGAGAACGGCGAGGAAACAGAAUCUGGAUCUGGACGUAUGCGGUCCUCCAGCGGCGUUGGGUCCAUCGCCGAAGAAGACGAUGAUGACCGGCUGGAUGCUCGGAAUGCGGCGAGUCGGUUGGCGGCCAGCACAUUCUGAGCCAGUCAUUGUCAUCAUUUCUUGUAUGUAAAAAGUAUGGGCCAUGAUCUGUUGUGUGAUUCCCCUUGACUGUCAAUCUGUUAUUUUAGUCAAUUCUGUAUGUGAUUACCAUGGCUAUCUCGCAUUGAUUUGUGUAUAUUGUGUGCCAUUUCGACAACCCCAUUAAUGCGUGAGUAACGUAAAGAGCAUAGAAAGUGCCACUACUAUUGACAGUCACACCAUCUAUAUACCCCCAUCUUUGGUUCGGAGAUAACCAGGACUCGGAGACUUCCCCACUUCGGUGCGGUUCCACUCUUGAUUUGAAAGCA